UUUCUCAGUUCAUCUGCAUCUUGAAAGCCUUUUCUGGGUCUUGCAAGAGCCCAAACACCAUGCUGCAGACCUGCCCCGCUCCCAGGGCAAGCUCACUCAGGCCGCCAGUCAGAGCCCCGCGAUGCCACUGCACAGUGUCUGCGGCGUGCAGGGAGGCGCAGCCGGCGGGGAGGCAGGCGCCGCCUCUCCCGCCGCAAGGCCCCUCCCUGCUCGAGCGCCUGCGCGGCAUCGCGCUGGCGGGCGCCCUCUCCGCCACCCUGUGCCUCGCGCCCAUGGCCCCCGGGGCGCACGCUCAGAGCUCUGCUGUCAUCAGCAACGACACACCGGUGGUUGACCUGGCGCGAGUGGUGCCCGCCGGCCGGCUGGAGGGCCUCCAGCAGCAGCUGCGCGAUCUGGAGAGCGAGACGGGGUGGCGCGUGCGCAUGCUGACGCGCUAUGGAGGGGACGGUCCCAGCGUGGAGCAGAUCAGGGCUGGGUGGAAAGUAGACGACAAGACGGUGGUCGUCUUCGUGGACCCAUCCUCCCCCAACAUCAUGAACUUUAAGUUUGGGCGGGACGUGCGCGAGGUGCUGCGCCCCCAGUUCUUCACAGAGCUGCAGGGGCGCUAUGGCAACAUGUUCAACGUGCGGGAGCAGGGCGAGAGCGCUGCGGUCCUCAGCAUGAUGGACUCGCUGACGGGCUGCCUGGCGCAGGGCGGCUGCUUUGCGGUGCCGGGCCUGUCCAUGGACCACUACCUGUUCACGCUGGCGCUGUCGGUGGCGGGGGGCGUGGUCGCGGGCUCCGCGGCGCGGCUGGAGCCGCAGGGCUUUGUGCAGCGCCGCGGCGUCUGGGUCCUGCUCUUCGCCCCGCUCUGGGCCACGCUCUUCAUCAACUUUGGCUUGGGACCAGUGAUCUCCCGCACCUCCGACAUCAUGCCCCUGCUGGGCAACGUGGCGGGCUUUGCGGCGGCAGCCGUCGCCGUGGGCUACCAAAACAAGAUUGCAGAGGCCACGGGCCUGACUGUGGAUGAGCAGGAUGCCUGAGCGUUCGCUGGUACGCUGCAAGGGGAACAGCGCCUGCCAGCACUCGGUCCCCCUCCCUGUUCCAUUCAACCUGAUGAGUCUGAUGCACCUGCCUGCACCUUGCUGGCGUGCCAGGUGCACACCCAGUUUUGGUUUAUUCACACUUGAAAAUCGAGACCCUUGUUUCAUGUCCUCUAUAUAUGUACUGAUUGCCCAUGUGCCUCUCGUUUGAUUGAUGUGUUAUCUGCCCAUACUUUGCCCUGCCUAGUAAUGCACUCGUGAUUGAUGCUGGCCAAUGUAAAGCUAGCUCACU